AAGAGGGAGGGCAGCCAGCCAUGGUGGUUUCGAAUCUGCGGGUGGCGCACUACUGGCUGGAUCACGUCUAUGGCGCUCUCAUGUACAGGCUCAGGCUCUCGCCACCCUUCUUCUCCAAUGGCUGGGGUGGCGCCAGGUUAGUGCUCCUGGAACAGCUCACGCGGCAGCUCAUAUCGCAGGGCCUCGCCAAUUUCUCGGUUAAGUGCUGGCCGCCGCCACCCAUCGAUCCGGUGUGGCGGACCGUGUGGGAAUCCAAGGCGGCCAAGCUUCAAGAGGGGAUCUUUCCCACGCCCUGCGAUCCGCUCGUCAGGGAAUGCUUGCCGCCUGAGAGCCACAUUGCGCGCGUCCGGCUGCUCAUGCCCCGCAGCGUUCCGGCUCACAAGAUGGCAUGCGUCGUGCACCUCGCAGGCACUGGAGAUCAUGGUUUCGAGAGGCGCUUGCGGCUGGGAGGACCAUUGCUCAAGGAUAACAUCGCCACGCUGGUGCUCGAGAGCCCCUUCUACGGCAAUCGGCGGCCCAGGCUCCAGCGCGGGGCCAAGCUCCUGUGCGUCAGCGACCUGCUUGUUCUCGGCCGAGCAACGAUCGAGGAGGCACGGACGCUGCUCUACUGGCUGGACAAGCAAGCAGGCUUCUCCAAGCUGGGCGUUUGCGGCCUAAGCAUGGGAGGAGUGCAUGCAGCCAUGGUUGGAUCGCUUCAUCCAACGCCGCUUGCAGUCUUGCCACUGCUUUCACCCCACUCGGCCGCGGUGGCCUUCUGCGAGGGGAUCAUGAAGUAUGGAACGGCGUGGGACGUGCUGAUGCGGGACGAGGCAUGCAGCAUGACGCUGGACCAAGUCCGGGAGCGCAUGCGAGCGGUGCUCUCCCUCACGGACGUGACCCGCUUUCCAAUCCCCAAGAACCCCAGAGCCGUCAUCUUUGUGGGUGCCACGAACGAUGGCUACAUCCCAGGCAACUCGAUGCUGGAGCUGCAGCGUGCGUGGCCCGGCUCCGAGGUCCGAUGGGUCACUGGCGGUCAUGUGUCCUCGUUCUUCCUGCACGGCAAGGUGUUCCGGCAAGCCAUCCGGGAUGGAGUCGCGCGCUUGUCUUGACAACCAACAUUCUUUUUUAUUCAUUCCUUCCUUCUGGCC